AUGUUCGCGACAAACUCCCGUCUUUUACAUUCCGUGAAUUCCAUUAAUGAGUGGCUCUCUGUUCUGGGCCAUGAGAAGGUCAUGGAUGAUAAUAGCUCCACCCACUCAGCCCUUUCAUUGAAGAAACCUUCAUCCGGAGUAAUCCUUAACCUUCCUACCAGCCUCCUACUGUCUGUGGAUGAUGCUCUUAGACGAGACGAUACCAAUGCUCUUCUAGAUCUUCUGCCAACUCUCAAAACUGCUACUGAUGGGAUCGGAGAGGCAGUGUUCACCAGAGUCUUGAUGUCCCUGCAGCAACGGUCGAUCUUCUACCGUUCAAAGGCCUGUCUUGCCUCUCUCCUACAACGAGUCACUUCCCUCGAGGAAGAAGACGACAUUAACAAACGAAAUUGCAUCCAUCGUCUGGUCAUAUCAAUUGGUCGGUCGCAAUCAACAGUUGACCCUGAAUCUUCGGCCACAAUGGUAUUGAACUUUCCUACAGAAACAUCAAAUUAUAUCACACCAGCAACUACACCAACACUAAAGCCCCAGAGGCCAGUUGUCAUGGAAUCAGACCACCCAACUCAUAUUGGGCGCGACAGCCCUGUCGUGAUGUUCUUACAAUAUCUCCUUGACAAUCUACUUCCUCACCAGCGCCCCGCGCUUCUCGCAAGAGACAUAUCAGGAAAGACCCCCUUGCACUUCGCAGCUCAGUACGGGUUUAAAGCCGUCUGUGAUGUGAUAAUCGAGCACCUUCAGGAAUGGGAUAUGUUUGACGUAUCCGAAGGUAUCGAUGGCCCACUUUGGCAGGACGAGGAUGGCAUGGCACCGCUCCAUCUAAGCGUAGUCGGUGGCCAUCCACUAACUACCAAGACGCUCCUGGAUUCAGAAAAUUGGAAAGGCAGUAAUCAGGAUAAGACGGCAAUUCGAAGAAACAUUCUAAAAUCCAGCGCCGUUCUGGCUCUUGCUACAAAGGCGAACUUUGUUGAUAUAGUCCACCUCUUGGUCCAGGCAGGUGUGAAUAUCAACUAUCAAGAUGAACAAGGUGAAACAGCCCUUCAUUCAGCCGCGCGAUUUGGCCACGAUCAGUGUGCUGCUGCUCUCCUCAAGGGAUCGGAUGAGCAAAAAGCCAAUAUUGAGCUAGCGGAGAAUACCUACGCUUGGACUCCAUUGUUCAUUGCCUCUGUGGAUGGCAACAUCAAUAUCGUCAAACUCCUCAUUGAAGCAGGGGCAAACCUAGAGACCACUGACUCCUCUGGAUGGACUGCCAAGGAACACGCAACACUCAGAGGCCAUAUCGAUAUCGCCCGCCUUUUGGAUGAAGCCAUGGCUACUUCGGACGGCAGCGUUGAGUCAGAUGCCGCAUCGCAAUCUGUGGUAUCCUCAUCUCCUCCAUCUCAGUCUUCAUUGAAUGAUCGAAACUCGAAAGACCGCGCACCAGAUGCGGUAAAAUCAUUCGGCCAUCGCUACUUGACAGAUAAAAGUAUGAUUCUCGUAAGCCUGGGAACAAUGGAUAUGAGAAAGACCGCAGAUCCUGUUAGCCUUGAACGGAUUCCCAUGGCAGAGGCCCAUCUGACACAGCUCGAUACCGCGCUUUCAAUCGUUGUCUCUGCAAGUGGCGCGCAAGGUGAACCGCAGAUAAUUGAUUUGCCUGUCCAAGACAACAUCUCAACAGAGCCAAUAGUCUUCCAUACCGCAGACUCCAGCAAAACCAAAAUUGUCUUCGACUUGGUACCUACAUACGCAGGCUCUAAAGAUCAAGUUUUCGGUCGUGGCGUAGCUUUGUUGUCUAGUUUCAAGCCAACUGUUGGGUCAAGCCGAUCCAACCUGCAGGGAGACUUUGUGGUUCCACUCAUAGCGGCGAAGACCCUUGAGAUUAUCGGCUCCGUGACUUUCAAUUUUCUUGUUAUUACACCCUUCAGCCAUCCCAAGAUGUCGAUUACAGAAGAACAAACAUAUUGGAAGAGCGUUACAUCGCCUAUGGUCAUCGGUCAUCGAGGUCUCGGAAAGAAUAUUGCCGGGCGCCAUUCUUUGCAAUUGGGAGAAAAUACUGUCCAGUCUUUUAUCGCGGCUGCAAACUUGGGUGCUUCAUAUGUUGAGUUCGAUGUUCAACUAACUAAGGAUCAUGUUCCCGUUAUUUAUCAUGACUUCCUUGUUAGUGAGACAGGAAUUGAUGCACCUGUUCAUACCCUUACAUUGGAACAGUUCCUCCACAUCAGUGAUGGCCGGAAACCAGCCGUAAAGCAGUCUUCCAACCAUAGCGGAACGCCAAACUCAGAAGAUGGAUUUCCACGUCUCUUGCAGACGCGACCACGAUCCAUGUCAGUCGGUGAAGAACUCGAUGUUCCAAAUCUUAGUGAAAGAAUGAAGCAUACCAGAGACUUUAAAAAGAAGGGUUUUAAAGGGAACUCGCGUGGCGACCACAUACAAGCUCCUUUUGCAACUCUUGAGGAGCUCUUCAAAGAGCUACCAAAAUCUGCUGGGUUCAAUAUGGAAUUGAAAUAUCCCAUGCUUCAUGAAAGUGAAGAGGAAGAAAUGGACACAUAUGCCGUGGAACUAAACUCCUUCGUCGACAAUGUUCUUCGUAUAGUCUAUGACUAUGGUGAAGGAAGAAACAUGAUCUUCUCAUCUUUCAACCCAGACAUUUGUCUCCUCCUUUCUUUCAAACAACCUUCCAUUCCCGUUCUCUUCCUUACAGACUCCGGAGUGAGCCCCGUUGCCGAUAUUAGAGCCAGCAGUCUCCAGGAGGCUAUUCGGUUUGCCUCUAGGUGGAACCUGCUAGGAAUCGUUACAAAUGCUGAGCCAUUGGUGCUAAGCCCCAGGCUUGUCAAAGUUGUAAAGGAGUCAGGUUUGGUAUGCGUUUCUUACGGAACCAUAAACAAUGAUCCAGCCAAUGUCAAGGUAUUUUCAUUUCCAGGUGUCAAUUUCCACCCCCUAUUCAAGCUGUCCCGCUGCUUACCACAAUUGUGUCUGUAG